GAGCUACAGCAGCAGGCCAGGGCCAGGCUCGGGCGACGGGCAGUGGCGGGGAUGGGGACCUGGCGGGCGCUGCCAGGGAGACUGUGUGAGAGUGUGUCACCUUGUGUAGGGCUCCGUGUGUAACUGUGAGGCUGUGGAUGUGACAGGAUAUGAUUUAUGUCACUGUGUGUGUGCGAUUGUGCGUGACUGACAGUCUGGGUCUGUGUAUGAAUAUGUGCGUUUGUGUGUGCAGCUACAACUAUGCUAUUGUAUAUGGGCGUGAGAGACUGCGCGUGAGACUGUGUGUGUAUGUGUCGCAGUGUGAAUGUGAUUGUUUGUCCACGUGUCUCUGCGGAUAUAACUGAAUGUAGCUGACAGGUGCGAUUUUGUGUGACCAUGACUAUCUCUGAAGGUAUAAUUUUCGUGAGUUGUGUGACAGAAUAUAUGACUUUGUGUGGUCUGUCGCUGAGUGUGCGUGACUGUCGCUCUUGGAGUAAUUGUGUGUGACCAUUUCCCUGUUUUCGUGCUAGAGUGGUGUGUGUGUGAGACAGUGAGAGAGAGAGAUUAUGGUUGUGAUUGUGAGACUGUGUGCUAUUGGUUGAGAACUGAAAUGUGUAUGUGCGAUUGUGGGCUUCACUGUGUGAGACGUAGUGUGUGAUAGUGAAGUACAGAAAGAUCAAAAUUACUUGCCCAAGUUUACACCGUUAAUAAGUGACAGAAUGGGGACUUGAACAAAGGCAGUUUGGCUUCAGAGUCCUUGCAUUUAAUUACUAAUCUCUUUGAUCUUUCCCACAUUGUGAGGGUGAAAACUGAGUGCCCUGGGCCCUGAAGGUAUUGGAGGGGAUUUUUCCUGGUCUUGGACUAGGAACUUAAUCUGGAUCUCUUUCUUCAGUCCUCUUGCGAGUAACAGGACCCAGUCUAAAAGACACUGUAGUGAGAACAUCCUCAAACUGGCUGCCCCUGCUGGAGGAAAGCCCAGCCUGAAGCCCAGUCUUCCUCUGCUUAGGCCAUUGAGUUGGAGAUUUUAGCCUUGUCCUUGUCAAAACUUUUCCAUUUUGGUGCUGACAGAGGUUGGCUUCAUGGCUUUAUUUCUUAUGUACCAAGUAAGCUAAGUUUCCAGGGCUGACUCUCAGUAAAGAAAAAUGUCCUCAUUUUUUCCCCAAAUGUUUGUGUAGAAUCUCAAUGGGAACAAGGGUGACACUUUUUGACAGUGAAUAAAGAAAGGUUCUGAGAGAGAACUUGCCCACAGUUAUGUAGUUAAUGAGAAAAGAGUGGAGAGUCACCUGGGUCUGGGGGCUAUAAAGCCCAAGUCUUUUUAUCACAGUUUGUUUUAGAGGUUGGUGGCUCAUCUCAAAUACAGAGACAUAUCUAAGGAAUACACAGGUAUUUGCAAACCGAGACUUAAGUUUCUUUUAGGCCUGUACUGUUCAGGGCUGCUGCGUCCAAAUGCCGGGAAGACUGCACUGAUUCUCCUCAGGUUGCACAGGCAAUAGUGGGCAAUUUCAAACUGCACUUCACUAAGGAAACAACUUCCUAGAGACUGAGUUGGCUAAGUGUGAAGUAGCUCAGGACGAAUCAUGUAGCCUCAAUUCUAGGUCACACAAUUAUCCCCGUUUUCAGAAUGAAGAAAUCUUGCCUCUGAGUGGACAAGGACUUGUUUCAUGCUGCACAGUUUGUUGUUGAUUUAGAAUUAAAAUUUGCUGCGUCCCUCAGGGUGCAUCUUCUGUGGGGUAAUAAAGGUAAUGUCUACCAUCUCUGAAGAUGCUUCUUUAAGGAAUAUAUGGCAUUGAUUCCUCAGGUUUUGUUGAAUAUUUCCCAUUUAGACAUUGUGGCUUCUUGAAAGAGGACCAGUUUCUGAGUCAUAUCUUGGUUGGAUGCUUGUAACUUUGGGUUCAUUGCUUAUGGUUUUUGAACCUCAAUUUGGCUUAUUUGUAAAAUGGGGAAAUGGGGAUAUCUACCUUGGGGAGAAUUAAAUGAGAUAAUGAUAUACGCAACAUGUGUAACAUCAUUAUUUAUAUUAUGGGAGGCACAGUAAGAUUUAUUUAUUAAUUUACCAAAUAUUUUUUGAGCACCUACAACAGUUCCAGCAUUGUUCUAGCACUGCAGUUAUACCAGUGAACCAAACGAUUUUGUUCUUCUCCCAAAGAGAAAACUGAAGAAGGAAGGAGAAAUGGCUGUUGGACUUUGUAAAGCCAUGUCCCAAUGAAAGGAGGACCAGGGUCAGCAGCUCAAAGCAAGAAUGGGAAGAGGAUUGGUGGUUUGAGAGAGAGAGAAGGGAAUGGUGACCUUCAGGGAUGUGGCUGUGGACUUUUCCCAAGAGGAGUGGGAAGGGCUGGACUCAUCUCAGAGGGAUUUAUACAGAGAUGUCAUGCUGGAGAACUACAAGAACUUGGACUGUCCAUUUCUAAGCCAAACACGAUCUCCUUACUGGAGCAAGGGAAGCAACCUUGGAUGUUGGAAAGAGAGACGUCAGAUGCUCAGUGUGCAGACUGGGAGUCUUGGUGUGAAAUUACGGAAAUAUCUCCAAAAUGGUACAUUGAUGAAGAUGAAAUAUCCCAGGGGAUGGUAAUAGAAAGGCUUACAAGUCAUGACUUUGAGUGCUCCGAUUUCAGAGAAGUCUGGAAAUAUGAGGGUGAAUUUGAGCAGCAUCAGGGAAAUCAGGAGAGGUGUAUCAGGCAAGUGACAACUCUAAAGGAAAUCCCUGCUGAGAAAAGAGAGCGUAAAUAUAGUAACUCUGGGAGAAGCAGCCCCCUGCAGUCAGUACUGUUAACACAAGACAGAGUUCCUGCAGAAGAGCCAGUACAUAAAUCUGAUACUUACGAAGAAAUUGUCCCCCCAAAUUCAGUCAUAAUUGAACAUGCAAGACUCCAUGCUGAAAAGGAAUCUUUGAUAGAUAGUGACUGUGAUGAAGAAUUCAACCAGAGUGUACACCUUACUAAGGAUAUAGAAAUUCCUUCUCAUGGGAAACCUUAUGAAAGUAAUGAUUUUUCAGAUCUCUUAAGUUUUCACUCAUUACUUACUCAACAUCAGACAACGAAUUUUGGAAAAUUACACCAUGGAUACAAUGAAUGUGGUGAUGCCUUUAGCUGUUACUCGUUCUUUACUCAGCCUCAGAGAACUCACGGCAGAGAGAAACCGUGUGCAUGCAACAACUGCGGAAAAGCCUUUAGCCAUGACUUUUUUCUCAGUGAACAUCAGAGAACUCAUAUUGGAGAGAAACCAUAUGAAUGCAAAGAAUGUAGCAAAGCUUUCAGACAGAGUGCACACCUUGCUCAACAUCAGAGGAUCCACACUGGAGAGAAACCCUUUUCAUGCAAUGAAUGUGGGAAAGCCUUUAGCCGUUAUGCUUUCCUUGUUGAACAUCAGAGAAUUCACACAGGAGAGAAACCAUAUGAAUGUAAGGAAUGUAACAAAGCCUUCAGACAGAGUGCACACCUUAAUCAACAUCAGAGAAUCCACACUGGAGAGAAACCUUAUGAAUGUAAUCAAUGUGGAAAAGCCUUCAGUAGGCGCAUAGCCCUUACUCUGCAUCAAAGAAUUCAUACAGGAGAGAAGCCCUUCAAGUGUAAUGAAUGUGGGAAGACAUUUGGCUAUCGCUCACACCUUAAUCAACACCAGAGAAUUCAUACCGGAGAAAAGCCCUAUGAGUGCAUCAAAUGUGGGAAGUUUUUUAGGACUGACUCACAACUUAAUCGGCAUCAUAGAAUUCAUACUGGAGAGAGACCAUUUGAAUGCAGUAAAUGUGGGAAAGCCUUUAGUGAUGCUUUAGUUCUAAUUCACCAUAAGAGAAGUCACGCAGGAGAGAAACCCUAUGAAUGUAACAAAUGUGGGAAGGCCUUUAGUUGUGGCUCAUACCUUAAUCAACAUCAGAGAAUUCACACUGGAGAGAAACCCUAUGGAUGUAAUGAAUGUGGGAAGGCUUUCCAUCAGAUCUUAUCCCUUAGGCUACACCAGAGAAUUCAUGCUGGAGAAAAACCCCGUAAGUGCAGUGAGUGUGGGAAUAAUUUUAGUUGUGCCUCAGCCCUUAGGCGACAUCAGAGAAUUCAUAAUAGAGAAACCCUCUAUUAUAACAAAUAUAGGAAAGAGAACAUUUAAUCAUCACUACUUAUUGAUUAUCAUUUCAUUCUUUUUAGAUAGUAAUUCUAUGAAUGUAGUAUAUAUGGAAAAGCCUUCAGUCCAUACGCUUUUCUUACUUGAAAUAGCAUGAGAAGUGGACAUCUGUUUUUAUCUAUAACCCAUUUUUUGACUUAUCCCCAGCCCCACUGCAUGUGAUUUUGAUGAAACUGAUAAUCAUGGAGAGCAGGGGAUUGGUCACAGGCCAACUUGUGAUUAAUAAGGAAUUGGCAAACAGCCUUGUCUGGGACAAUAUAGUCCUUUGAGGAAUUAUAUGGUUAUUAAGAGAGGACUAUUUUUUUUUCCAGAAUUGCUAGCUUUGAUAAUUAAGUAAGAUUAAAAACUAACCGUAUCAUUUUUGCCACUCACUACAUGAGAAAAGCUUUCCCGAAGAUAAAACUGACACAGAGGAAAAUGAAGAUGAGAGAGAUAUCUGUUGACAUUGUUUGAUCUAGAUCCAGCCAUGCUUAAGUCUAUACCAUUUAUUAUUUUUUCAUCUUUAUGAGCCAAUGAAUUCCCUUUUUUUGCUUAAUUUGAAUUGCAUUUUUAACUUGGAAUUCAGAGUCCUGACUCACACACCCUGUGUUUACUGUAAUUGUUAGAAAGCCUUAAUCCUCUUUAUGGCAUAAUUAUUUAUCCUGAGGAGAAAAGUUAUGAUAUGUCAAGUACAUGAAAGUUGGAAAUACAGCCUUAUAAAACUGAGAGAAUUGUUACAUUUUAUAUAUUGAUAAGAAAUUAGUAUUUACUAGUCUGAGUCACAAUAAAGAUGAAUUUUUCAAAAUUCAGUUAGUAAAAUCCUUAACAGGCUUCCCUUAAAUAGUUAAAACCAUUUGCAGAAGUGACUCACCAUAAGCCUUUAAAGAGAGAAUGGCAAGCUAAGAGAAGAUUGGAUGGAUCAGUUUAAUGAAUGGUGCUUCAUCUUAAAGGAAUUAUUUGUUUUUCUGCUUUCAGUGUUGAUUUGAACAUGUUGAGUGGUAGUCGGUAAUAAGAUAGGAUUUUAAAUGAGGUCUUCUUUUGUAGGUGGGCUGUAAGCUUGGUUGAAGAAGUUUAUGGAUAAUUUCUUUGAAACUAGAGAUAUCAGACAUGGCAUUUUUGGCAGACAAAAAGGAUCAGCCAUUUUCAACUAACGGUAAAAGUAAAGCAAUUGGAGCCUAAGAUUUCUAGAGAAUAAAUCAUUGCCAUUCUUCAGAGUGAUGAAGAACCUGAGGGUAUGGGCAAUAUAUUCCUAUCUUAUCUGCAUAGAUAUAGGGAGGUAAACUUUGGUGAUAUGGAAACUUAGCCACCUUGAACAUUCAGAACCAGUAAGAAUCUUGAGCAUUGUCCAGAGAGCAUAUAUAAAAACAGAUCAUAACAAAUGAAUUAGGGAAAAAAGAAGAGCCUAUAUAUGUGCAUGGAUGAUGGCUACUUUCAUAAUUUAAUAGUCAAUUUAAACAUCUAAUAAAAAUUUGAAAAUUCUUAAAUAUUAAAACAAAUUCUCUUUAAAAAAAACUACAGAUAUAGUAGGACUCAAUACUUCAAGCCUUGAACAGAAACAAAUAUAAUGAUUAUCAAACAUUACCAAACUUAUAUCACAUCUAAUCUAAAAUCAUUAGUAUAAUCUUACUUCAUAUUAUUAUUUCUUGUACUUCCUGGAGAUAUAGGAAUAUUUACAGUUGAUCCUCAUAAUUCACAGAUUCCGUAUUUGCAAAUUUGCCUGCUCCCUAAAAUAUGUUUGUAAUCCAAAAAUCAGUAUUCAUGAUCAUUUGUGGACAUGCACACAGCAGUGAAAAAUGUGAGUCACCGGACACUUUCCCAGCUGAGGUUGAAUGAAGUGACCUGCCGCUCUCUUGUUUGAGCUCUCAUACUGUAAACAAAUGUCCUUUUUGCAGUCUAUUUAGUGCUACAUUUUUCACAUUUUUUGUUGGUGAAUUCACUGUUUAAAAUGGCUUCCAAGCACAAUGCUGAAGUGUACUGUUUAUUUUCUUAAGCACAAGAAGACUGUGAUGUGCCUUAUGGAGAAAAUACAUGUAAGCAUAAGCCCAGGCCACUGGUUGAUUCUCUGGUUGUAUGAUUAAACUUCACUUGUAACAUUGAAGAAAUCUUUUACGCCCAUGCCUUUAGCAUAGGUGUUUGUAUGUUGCAGUAUGGUGUUUCUCUGUGCACUGAGGUUUCGUUUAUGUGCAACCCACUGUCUUGUGAUAAUUGACCUAAUCUUUUAGUGUUACUGAAAAUUUACAUUUUAUUAGUAUUUCAUACUUUCUAGGACCAUGUAGAGAUUCCUGUUCUAGGAGGUGAGAGUUUGAGCCUGCAGCUAAUUGUCUUUACUAUUAGACUCAUUCAUUUAGAACACACUGGUGAACUCUUUCCACUUUCUUAUUGGGUGGGAUCAAUGGUUAUUGACUCUUGGAUCCCUUUUUUAAUCUGGAGGUAGCAUAUGAUAAAAAAUCAAUGGUAUUGAAGGAUGAACUCCAAGCUGCACUGAAGGCACUGGUGAAAAACAAGCUUCAAGAAUUGACAGAAUACCAACUGAGAUGUUUGAACAAACGGAUGCAGUGCUGGAGGUGCUCACUCUUCUAUGCCAAGAAGUUUGGAAGACACCAACCUGGCCAGCUGACUGGAAGAGACUUGUAUUUGUGCCCAUUCCAAAGAAAGGUGAUCCAACAGAAUGUGGAAAUUAUUGAACACUAUCAUUAAUACCACAUGCAAGUAAAAUUUUGCUGAAGAUCAUUCAAAAGGGGUCGCAGCAGUACAUUGACCGGGAACUGCGAGAAAUUCAAGCCAGAUUCAGAAAGGACGGGGAACAAGGGAUAUCAUUGCUGACGUCAGAUGAAUCUUGGCUGAAAGCAGAGAAUACCAGAAAGAUGUUUACCUGUAUUUUCUUGACUAUGCAAAGGUAUUCGACUAUGUGGAUCAUAACAAAUUAUGGAUAGCAUUGCAAAGAAUGGAAAUUCUAGGACACUUAAUUGUGCUCCUGUGAAACCUGUACAUAGACCAAAAGGCAGUCAUUGGAACAGAGCAAGGGGAUAUUGCAUGGUUUAAAAUCAGGAAAGGUGUGCAUCAGGGUUGUGUCCUUUCACCAUACCUAUUCAGUGUGUAUGCUGAGCAGAUAAUCCAAGAAGCUGGACUGACCCAAGCCAUGAUACUUUUGAUAUUAUAUGCAUGCCAAAGCUGCGAAGUGAAGAAGGAAGACAGAAGAAGAAUUGACAUCUUUGAGUUAUGGUGUUGGCAAAGGAUAUUGAAUAUACCGUGGACUGCCAGAAGAACAAACAAGUCUGUCUUGGAAGAAAUACAGCCAGAGUGCUCCUCAGAAGCAAGGAUGCUGAGACUUCAUCUCAUGGACUUUGGACAUGUUACCAGGAGGGACCAGUUGCUGGAGAAGGACGUCAUACUUGGUAAAGUAGGUCAGCAAAAAAGAGGAAGACCUUUGAUGAGAUGGAUUGACAGAGGCUGCAGCAAUGGACUCAGACAUAAUGAAAUGAGGAUGGUGCGGGAUGGGGCAGUGUUUCGUUCUUUUUUACAUAGGGUCGCUAUGAGUAGGAACUAACUUGAUGGCACCUAACAACAACAUUAUGUAUGACCUUUAGUGUUGAACACAUCUUUCUGCCUUGUUACAGUGUAUGCAAUUUUUGCUUGUCAUAUUUAAGAGUUUUCUUUGUUUAGUCUUGAUUAAGCAGAAGAUUUGUGUUCAUGUAUGUGUGUCUGUGUCUAUUUCAUUUUAAAAUUUUGUAUUGAGUGCCAAUUAUGUGCCAGGCUUUGUUCUAUUGUAGGCAAUGGAGAAUCAGUAGUGAACUAAACAGACAAAAAUCCCUGUUUGUAGAACUAAUUUCUAAUGGAGAAAACAGACAAUAAAAAGAUGUGUAAGUAAAUUUAAAUAGUGUGGCCAUGGAACCAAAACCAACCAAACCUGUUGCCAUCAAGUCGAUUCUGACUCACAGUGACCCUAUAGGACAGAGUGGAACUGCCCCAUAGGGUUUCCAAGGAGUGGCUGGUGGAUUUGAACUGUUGACCUUUUGGUUAGUAGCUGAGCUCUUAACCACCAUGCCACCAGGGCUCCGUCUAUCUAUCUAUCUAAUCUAUCCAUUCACAUAUACACAGACACAAAUCUAGGCACAUUUCUAUGCCUCAUACGCCUAACAGAAAAGAGAUCCAUAUGUAUUACACAGUACUUAUUUCAUUAUGACCUUCCUUGUGUUUGGGCGUUUUAUAUCAACAUUUUUCUUUUGAGUCUCAUGAAUUUAUGCCCUUUAACAAUCUUAACAAAUUUUAAUUAAUUCAUAUUUUUGAUGCUCAUAUUUCAGAACUUAGCACUGGAGGACACUUUAAGCUACCUUUUUGCAGCUGUCCUUACUUUCUGGUAGUAAUAGCAUAUUCCAGAUGCAUCCUCAGUGUUUCUACCCUCCAUCAUAAAGUCAGGAGAAAUUCAGAAAAGGAGAAAAUAAUCAUGUACAUCUCAAAGAGGACAUGGCAUCAGAAACAGGAGUUCCCCCUUUAAGAAAGGAAAUAGUUUUUCUCAGUAAAAUGCCUUGCUAGCUACAUUUGGGGUAGUAAGAAUAAGUCUAAGUAAGGCUGAAUUUUCCUUAUAUGCUAUAUUUUCUGCUUUUUAUAGUUCCUUAUACCCACAGAGAAAAAGAUGGCCCAACUUCACAGUAGAAGUAUAAACUAUGCCUUAAAAACUUGAAUUUGUUUCAGAAUUUGUGAAACAUUUCAAUUAAAUAACAAUGGUCGUUUGAAAAUUAAGGAUAAUUAAAAGUUGUCUGAAUUCAGACGAGAAUCUAAUAGUCAAAAUAUAUAUAAACCUUUCAACAACAAGUACAACAACAAACACAGUCGUAAAAUGGGCAAAGGGCUUGAAUAGACAUUGCACCAAAGAGGACACUCGAAUGGCCACCAAACACAAGAAAAGAUGCAUCAUCAGCCAUCAGAGAGAUGCAAGUCAAAACCACAAUGAGAUACCAUUUCACUCUUAUUAGUAACUGACUUGAUGGCACCUAAUAACAGCAGUAUGGCUAAGAUAAACAAAUAAUGUUGGUGAGAAUGUGGGGAAAUUAAAACCCCUACCCAUUCCUGGUGGGAAUGCAAAAUGGUACAGCUGUUGUGGAAAACUGCGUCUUGGUUCCUCAAAAAAUUAAAAAUAGAACUGCCACAUGAUCCAGCAAUUCCAUUCCUAGGUAUAUACCCAAAAGACUUAAAAACAGAGACUCGUACUUGCGCACCGAUAUUCACUGCAGCACCAUUCACAAUAGCCAAAUGUGGAAACAACCUAAAUGCCCAUCAGCAGAUGAAUGGAUAAACAAAAUGUGGUUCAUACAAAGAACAGUAAUCAGCCGGUAGGAGAAAUGAAGUCUCGAUACAAGCUACGGUAUGGAUGGAGCUGAGUGAAAUAAGCCAGUCAUGAAAGGACAAAUACUGUAUGACCUCACUUCCAUGAAAAGACAAGAAGCCAAAGCUUAUUAGUGGUUACAAAGGGGGUGGGGUGGGGUGGGGGGAAGAGGGUUAACAGAGAUGGAAAAAAUCGCAUUGAUUAAAGGUAGAGUGGCCUGGCUGAUUCUUGUAAA